AUGCUGGGACACGGAACAUUAAACCAGGACAACUGGGCCAAGAAGUUCCCGUCGUGCAGCAACGCCAGACAGUCUCCGGUCAACAUCGAGGAGAGUCUGUCUCAGGUGAAGCUGCAGUACCAGAAGCUGAGGUUCGACGGCUGGGAGAGUCUGACGCCUGAAAGCACCACCAUCAAGAACGAUGGCAAGACCGUGGCGGUGGAUGUGGACGGAGACUUCUACGUCAGCGGCGGAGGCCUCAGGUCAAAGUUCAAAGUGGGGCGUAUCACCUUCCACUGGGGGCGCUGCAACGCCUCCUCAGAGGGCUCCGAACACAGUCUAGAUGGAGUCAAAUACCCUUUAGAGAUGCAGAUCUACUGUUACGAGGCGGAUCUCUUUAACUCUUUAGAUGAAACCAUCAAAGCCGGAGGCAGAAUCACAGCGCUGGCCGUGAUGUUUGAGACGAGUUAUGACGACAACGUGAACUUCACGUCCGUCAUAGAAGGAAUCAACAGCGUGAGCAGAUACGGAAAGAGCUCCGAGGUUUUACCCUUCGCACUUCGAGGUCUCCUGCCGAACUCCACCGAGAAGUAUUUCAUCUACAACGGCUCUCUGACGACGCCGCCCUGCACCGAGACUGUCGAGUGGAUCGUCUUCAAGAACACAGCGGCCAUCUCUGAUGAGCAGCUGGAGGUUUUCUGCGAGGUGAUGACGAUGCAGCAGGCCGGAUACGUGAUGCUGAUGGAUUACCUGCAGAACAACUACAGGGAGCAGCAGCAGCAGUUCAUGGGUCAGGUGUUCUCCUCCUACACCGGCACCGAGGAGGUCCUCUCACCAGGUACGAUGUCUAACACUCCUCCCUCUCUUAUGUUUAUGUGUCCAAAGGACACUUAUGAACCCGAUCUGUCCUGGAGUGAACCGGUCCAAACUGAGGAUUACGGUCUGGCCUGGAUUCCUACAAACUCACAGAGGACCACGACCGUUGGAUCCUCUCUUAUACCCGUACCAAGCGUCAGAACCACAACAGCGGAGCCAGGUUGGAGGAGAACCAGCACCCAUCCAGCCCCACCAGUCAGAUCUACUCAGUUUGGUCAUGUGUUGAGCCCCUCUGAGGAGACGGCACAGCGCAGUACCUCCACAGAACCAGCAGAUGUCACCCUGCUGCCAGAGAUCAGAGGAGGUUCAGACUUCAGUGGCAACGCUCCCACCUCAACAACCAUCUCCACCUCCAUUCCUCCUUUAUACGUAGACUCAAAGACAAAGAGUGUUUUUGGUGACAUCCCAAAAUACUCCUCUGAAAAAGCCAAAGGUGGUGUUAGUACCACUGCUCCCACAUUCACCAGUACAGAAACAAAAGGUGGUAAAAGUAUUUCUUCACACAGCAGCUCCACGACCACGUUGGCGUCUCGUCCCGGCGACACGAGCAGCUCCACAUCUUCAUCGUCCGUCAUCCAGGCCGAAGUCGACCGGGGCCUGGCGCGUGCCGUAGAUGAAGACGCCACCACCGAUGGAGGUGUGUCCCCUGCACCUGGAGGUCUUCCAGAGAUCCAGGCAGAAACCUCGACUUCCCAGCCUUCCUCCUCAAGGGACACGCAGCGGCCCACGACUCCCAGUGCGCCUAAUUUUUCAUCUACCAAGCCUUCUGUCUGGUUAAGUGGCGUUCUCUUGCAGACCAGGCAGCCGCUGUCUAAGGGUGAGCGCUCCUCUGUCCUCCCCCCCUCUCCCUCCUCCCCUCUGUGUGACACCGCGGACCCCCGCUGCUGCCUCCUCCAGCUGCCUGCAUGACCUUCCCUCUCGUCUUGGCCUGUGUUGUCCGCCUCUGCCUCAGGCUCCCAGCAUGCCGCUAUCGCACAUAGCAAAGACCCAGCUUCUCCUCUAACCCCCACGCUCUCUGCCUCCACCCUGCCUCACCUCCCUCACCCCUUGCAACCCCUGUCUGGUUGGGAGACUGACCCCGUCCUCCCUGGUGUUGGGUUUGAUGAUAAUGAUAGCGAUGGUGAUUUAAUGUCUGGGUCUUGGUCUUCGUCGUCCUCUUCAGGUGACACCUCAGUGUUUAGUGAUACCCCUCCACUCCAAAUGUUGCCAGAUCCGUCUGGCACCGGCGUCACCGCUGAGGCCUCUGAAUCCCCCUGGGAUACGUCACUCUCGGUCUCCCUGUCUCUCAGCCCCACCCUCCAGCCUUCAGUUCUCCUCUCUAGUGACGUCACGCUUUCUGGCGCAACUCCGGGCUUAUCCCGAUCUUUCUCAGCUGGGUUUGAGGACUCACGGUACGCCACGGGGAGCUCAGUAGACUCUUUUCUCCCAGAGGUCAGCACGGAUGGGUUUUCACUUGCUAGUGAUGUCGAAGCCAUGUGCGGCUGUUCUCUGGAGCCUUCGCAAUCCUCAUCCUGGUUGCAUGCCUCGCCUCAUGUCAGCCUGCCGUCCUCUGCUUGGGACUCUGCUAGCUUAGAUCUUUACUCUAGUGUGGGCUUCCCUUCAGCCUCUGGUGUUGGUAUAGAUGACCUCCUGAGUUCUCUAUCUGUGGCGGGUUCUGAUGGUCUGUCCUUAGACCAGCCUUUACUCUCCCAUAGCGCUAUCUCUCCUUCAUCGUCCUCUCCCCACUCCCAUUUUCUCCAAGCCACCCAUAGUGACCUACCCGUUUCUGUUGCAGCCACCACGUCUGGCGUCAGGGAUCCCUGGGUCUCUGCAUCAAACGGGGACUCUACCCUCCCUUCCUCUCCCACAACCACAACCACCACCUUCACCCCUACCACAGAAAUGCAGGUGUUAGACAUUAGCAGUGGUGCCUCCAGCUCGGUCCUGUUUCCUGACUCCCAGGAGGGUGUAGAUCAGGAGUGGGACAGGGUUCAAACCUCGGCCUCUGGGGAAAGCGGGCUCCCUUAUUCGACUAAAAUCAGUAGCACCAUUCCCUCGUCUACGACUUCGGCGUCUGGUCAGACACCAGAUGAUUUGGAAGAACGCUCCUCUGCGUUUUAUUUUGAAAGCGAGAGCGGCAGCGCCAUCGCAUCAGAGGUAGCAGGCCCCGCAGCUCCAACCAUACCUGCGGUAGCCUCGGCUUCACCCUGGUCGCUGGGCGGGGAGGAGGAGAGCGGCUCAGGUCAGGGUGAUAGCCUGUACGACAACGAGACGUCGUCUGACUUCAGUAUCUCAGAGCGAACAGAAAGAGAGUCGGAGGAAGAAGAGCCAGUCGAAGAUGCCAGUAACAGCAGCCACGAGUCGAGGGUCGGCUCCAUCAGGGAGAGAGAGAGGAAGGCCGUGGUUCCUCUGGCCGUCAUCUCCACGCUCACCAUCUUCGGCCUGAUCAUCCUCAUCAGCAUCCUCAUCUACUGGAGGACGUGUUUUCAGACGGCUCAUUUCUACAUUGAUGACAGCUCAUCACCCAGAGUCAUCACUGCACCUUCUACUGCUGCGUUGAUACCUGAUGAGCAGACGGCGUUCACAGUGAAGGAUUUUGUUAAACACGUCGGCGAUCUUCACGACACCAACGGCUUCCAGAGAGAGUUUGAGAUACUGAAAGAGUCUUACGAGGAGGUGCAGGUGUGCACGGUUGACAUGGCGAUAACCACCGACAGCUCCAACCAUCCCGACAACAAGACUAAAAACAGAUACAGUAACAUCCUGGCCUACGACCACAGCAGAGUGCGUCUCUCUCCGCAGGCCGACACCGACGGGAAGACGAGAGAUUACAUCAACGCCAACUACGUGGAUGGUUUUAAGAAGACCAGGUCCUACAUCGCCGCUCAGGGGCCUCUGAAGUCGAGCACCGAGGACUUCUGGAGGAUGAUCUGUGAGCAAAAUGUCAGCGUCAUCGUCAUGAUCACCAACCUGGUGGAGAAAGGACGAAGGAAGUGUGAUCAGUACUGGCCCUCUGAGGCUCAGGAGGAGUACGGAGGCCUGCUGGUUACAAUGAAGAGCAGCAGAGAGCUCGCCUACUACACCCAAAGGACCUUCACCAUCAGGAACACUCAAACUAAAAAGGCGUCUCAGAAGAGUCUCAGCAGCGAGCGGACGGUGACUCAGUAUCAUUACACCCAGUGGCCCGACAUGGGCGUCCCCGACUUCGCUCUGCCGCUGCUCAGCUUCGUCCGCAAGUCGUCCAGAGCCAGAACGGACAGCAUGGGGCCGGUGGUGGUGCACUGCAGUGCAGGCGUUGGUCGGACCGGUACGUACAUCGUUCUGGACAACAUGCUGAAACAGACCAGAGAAGAAAACAACGUCAACAUCACCGGCUUCCUGAAACACAUCCGCACACAGAGGAACUUCCUGGUUCAGACAGAGGAACAGUAUGUUUUCAUCCACGAUGCCUUGGUGGAAGCCAUCCUGUGUGGAGAGACCGAGGUGGCGUCGGCUCAGCUGCACCGGUUUGUGGACGAGCUGCUGACUCCGGGUUCGGCAGGGAGAACGCGCCUCGACAAACAGUUCAAGCUGGUUUGUCACCUGGGAGUGAAGCAGUGUGAUUACUCUGCAGCUCUGCAGGAAAGCAACCGCAGCAAGAACAGAAGCUGCUCUGUGAUUCCUGUUGAGAGGUCACGAGUGCGUCUGUCUACGACGGCGGGGGAAACGUCGGACUACAUUAACGCUUCGUACAUCACAGGUUACAGGCAGAGGAGCGAGUUCAUCAUUACCCAGCAUCCUUUGCCCGACACCAUCAAGGACUUCUGGAGGAUGAUCUGGGACCACAACGCUCAGGUCAUCGUGUCUCUGCUGCCAGCUAACAAGGAAGAGGCGGAGCUGGGCGUCUUCUGGCCUCGCAAAGGGCAGCCAAUCAGCUACGAGAUGUUCACCGUCACUCAGAGGAGCGAGAAUCACAUCUGUCUGGCCAACGAGGACAUGCUGGUGGUCCAGGAGUACGUACUGGAAGCUACACAGGACGACUUCGUGCUGGAGGUGAAACACUACCGCGCCCCCCGCUGGCCGAACCCAGACAGUCCAAUCAGCAACACCUUUGAGCUCCUGAACCUGGUGAAAGAGGACAGCGUCACUAAGGAAGGACCCACUGUGGUUCACGAUGAUGUGGGAGGAGUCACAGCGGGAACUUUCUGUGCUCUGUCAUCUCUGACGUGCCAGCUGGAGACCGAAGGCUCGGUCGAUGUCUUCCAGGCGGCAAAGCUGACAAACCUCAUGAGACCGGGAAUCUUCAGCAACAUCGAGCAGUACCAGUUUCUGUACAAAGCCAUGCUGAGUCUCAUCGGGACACAAGAAGACGAAAAAACCCUCCAGUCCUCCGACAACAACGGUACCAUCGUGGUGGGAACUGCCAGCACUGCCGAGAGCCUCGAGUCCCUGGUGUAA